GCGCGCCAGCCGUAUCGCAUUUCAGUCUACGUUGGACUUUAGCGCGUGUCGCACACGCAGCGCAUACGUAACGCAUUUACAUUCAAGGGUUAAACAGUCGGCACCGCAACCGCCACUUGGCAAUGCCCAUGUGAAUGUGAAUUUGAGUGUGUGUAUAUGUAUGUGUAUGUGUGUGCGAAGCCGAAUACGAAUGCGAUAGUGUCUACGAGUGUUUGCAGUUUUGAUCGUUGCCUCUCUUCGAUUUUUGUGCGAGAGUGCAAGAGUGCGAAGAGUGCCAAUGUAUGAGAGAACAUGAGCUCUUGAGUAUUCACAAUAUAUAAGUAUUUUGAAUUCGUAUGCAACACUUCAAAUAUAACGGUAUUUUGAAUUGUAAAGAAAAACUGACUAUUGUGUGCAAAAUAAUGAAAGUAAUGAAAAUUAUAAAAACUUAAUAAACUUUAUGUGCAGUAAUUAAUUUCAAGCGAGUUUUAGGACUUUAAGGACAGCAAAGGACAGUCGCAGCACAACGUCAGUCGAGUAUAAAAUCAAUAAGAGACACAUGUAAUUGGUUAGCCCAGGCAUUGGCAAUAUGGCCGGAACAGCAACUGUUAAGGGAACGGGGCAGUCAACUUUGCCAUUGUUAUUGUUGCUGUUGCACGAGCGGCGCCUCUAAGUUGCAAGGAGACCUUCAUUUGGCCAACAUGUCGGACAGAUACGCCGCCAGCUACUACGAGCAACUGCAUCCGGCGCAGGCGCAGGCGCAGGCUCAGGCCCAGGCCCAGGCCCAGGCCCAGGCCAUGUCCCAUUAUGCAGCGCCUGGCUAUCGCGGCGGCUAUGGCGGCGCCUAUAAUCCCUAUGGCUACGGCUAUGGCAGCUCCAGUCCGGGCCCUAGUCCCGGUCCUGCCUCCUAUAUGCCCAGCUAUUAUCGCUAUGCGCCCUAUGCCUCGCCCCACUACAGUCAGCCGUCGCACCAGCAUCAUCAUGCGAGCAUGUUUACGCCCGCUGGCCAGCAGCUGGUACCCUCCAGUGUGCUGCACUAUCCGCCACGCCCACAUACGCAACACGCCUAUCAGCAGCAGCAGCAGCAGCAACACCUGAGCAGCAGCAACAGCUAUGAGCAGCCAGCGCCUGCGCUUUAUAGUGCUUCCGCCUAUGGCCAGGCACGCGGCUUUGCCGCCUAUCAGCCAGCCACGCCCACACACUAUGGAACGCCCGGACGUUCUACGACGCCAGCACCGAACCGCACAGUGUUGCCACCCAACUAUUUGGAGCCAUUACGCAACUACACAGAGCAACAUCAACAUCAGCAGCAGCAACAGCAGCAGCAGCAGCAACAACAGCAGCAGCAGCAACAGUUGCAGCUGCAACAGUCCAAGCUCGAGGAGCUGCUGCCUGAGCAAAUCAAACUGGAGCAUGAUGUGGAGGCGACAUCACCAACACAAAGGCUAACCACAUCGCCGCCAUUGAUCAGUGCCACCGGCACGGACAGCGGCAUCAGCAACUGCAGCACGCGAGCACGCAGCGACAGCAGUCAGAGCACGCCCGUCUACAGCGGCGAGUAUCCAGUGAAUAUGUCUGUGGAGUCCGCGUCCUGUGUGUCCUAUCACUGUCCGGCCGAUGGCAGAGACUACGAAGAAGAGCAACAGCAACAGCAGCAGCAACAGCAGCAGCAGCAGCAGCAGCAACAACAACAGCAACAGCACGUGGAGGCAGCAGCUGUUGUCGAUAUGCCCGAUGACAUAAGCACGACGGCAGAGACGUCCACGUCGACGUCAGUGUCGCCGCCUAUUGUGAAUGAUACCGAUAAGGCGGGCAAUGCUGAGCAGCCGGAUGUUGUGAACCGUGCGGAAAUCAAUUUGGCGAAGCCCAACAAGCCGACACCAACAACAACAGCAGCAACAGCAACAGCGCCGCAGGAUAUUGGGGAGCAGCAGUCGGCAGCUAAUCAAAUCAACGACGAUGCAGCCGGGCAGACGCCAACAGCAGCCGUAGCAGCAGCAGCAGCCACGCAUAACUGGAGUCCAACAUUGAGACGGCCACGCACACCGCCCGCGCCGCAAAACUCGCCCGUCGGAUAUGGACUCUCAGCGGCUGCAGCCACAAGCGCUGUGCCACCUGCGCUGGCGCCACUGCUGCAGCAGCAGCAGCCGCUAAGCAGCAAGCGCAGCUAUGCCAAAAAUCGCAACUGUCACAGCAACAACACUAACAACAACAACAACAACAACAAUCGCAUAAUCGAAUGCGAUCUCAUACCGAGCAAGAAAUCAAAACGCAAGGCAAGCAAACGGGAAACGGAAACGGAAACGGAGCAUGUAGAAGCCAUGGAGUCCACAGUGCGCGAACAAAUAAGGGACAUCAAGCCUUUGCCUGGCUUUCAGCAAGCUUUCGGCUCCACCGAAAUCGGGCGCUUCUCGGAGCGUUUUCUGCAGACGCCGGAGAGUCUGGUCGAGCGGCUGGCCGAGGAGUACGCAGCGACUUGCAGCAGCAGCAGCAGCAACAACAGCAGCAACAACAGCAACUGCAGCAGCAACAUGGGCAGCAGCUACUAUGAUGCAGCAAUUGGUGGCAACAUGCACAGCUAUUGGCCCUACGAAGAGCAGCAUGGCUAUGGCUAUCAGAGCGCCAGUCAGAGCCUGAGUCAGCAGAGUCAAAUGUCACGCAGUCGUAUGCGUGGACAGCUCUAUCCCUAUGCGGACUACGCGGCGUAUGAGCGCUAUGGCUAUGCGGCCUACAGUGCAGCCAGCAGAGCGCGCUACAAUGAAAUACGCUGCAAUGGCUACUGAAGAAGCUCACAAACAAUAUAUAUAUAUAUAGUUGUAGAAAGAUAUAUAUAUAGAUAACCUUGUCGUUUUGUCAUUUAAAAAAGAAAUUCUCUCUGUGUGUGCCUUUUUCGGUCAAAAUUCGGCAAUGCCCCGAAACAGAUUGUAGAGUAUUUUAUUGUCGGGCAUUGCUGGCGUUGAUUGCGUGCAAAAUUCAUAUAAAACAAAAGAAAAACCAGAAAACAAAACAAGGCCAAAAUGUAUAUUGAAAACUAAGCGUUAAGUAGUCGAAUGUUAAAUGAACACAAACAGUUUGCCAGCUGCGCAACCGAUUUGUCACACUGUACAUACUCGUAGAGCAAUGCAUUUCGUUUCCUCUUCUGUUUCCGCUGCAAAUGCAUUCGGAUUUCAGCGAUUCUCUGCGUAAAUACAAUUAGUAAAAGAUGUGCCAUUGCAAGUAACUUUAAUGCGACAAAAACACCUGUUUUUUAAAUAAGGUUUUACGUUUUUUAGUUAUAUAUAUAUAUAUACAACAAUACAUAUUACA